UCUCUUUCUAACCUGUUUUCUAUCGGAUGGUUUCCAGAGAAGAUCGAGGCGCGACCUGUUGUCAGUGAGCAGUGACGCGUGGGGGGCAUGUCUGUCUGUGCUUUGGCCUCCUUCGUUAAUGUUGCAUUUCUGUUCUGAACUUCAACUCUCCCAGGGGUAGAUGUUUGGCCAAAUAUUGCAUCGGAGGAACACUUUACCCGAUCGAGGACUGGUGACUUGUUGACACUGAAGCGCGUUGAGAUUUACGUGUGGAUCCAUUCACUGUGACAGAGUGCUAGCAGAACUUCCCGGGUGUUUGAGUGUGGAGAUAAGAUAAGACAAUAAAUGAGGAGCGGUCGUCCUUAAAGGUCACCGCGGGUCUGUGGAGUGUCGACUGACGACAGCUGAGAGACCCUCAGCGAUCCGCCGGAGCCCCAGCAGAGCCCCCCUGUCCCGAGCUCAGUGGUGCCCGCCCGGCAGAGCCCGGGGCUGGGAUGGAGUGGGCCAUGACCCUCCUGGGUCUGGGGGUCCUGAUCUCCAGGGCCGUGGCCGACUUCAACAUCCCUCUGGAAGUGGAGCAGCCUCCCACCAUCACUCAGCAGUCGCCCGGUCAGGUGGUCGUGCUCCCCUUUCCCUUCCACGAGAGAAUCAGCUUCACCUGUGUGGCGAAGGGGAACCCGCAGCCACAAUACAGAUGGACGAAGGACGGCGAGGACUUCACUCCUCCCCAGCCGUCCACCGGAGGAACGCAGCAGCUGAGCAACGGGAACUUCUCGCUGCCCAACGUUCACCUGGCGAAGUUUGAAGGGACGUACCAGUGCUACGCCUCCAACAAGCUGGGCACCGCCAUUACAGACCCGAUCCAGCUGGUAGUUCCCAGUUCCCCCAAGUUCCCGAAGGAGUACCUUGAGCCCAUUGUCAUCGAUGAGGGACAGCCUAUGGUCCUGAAGUGUAACCCCCCCACUGGCUUCACCCCCCGAAAACUAUACUGGAUGACUAUAGGCCUGCAGCAGAUCGAUCAGGACGAGAGGGUGUCCAUGGACCUGGACGGGAACCUGUACUUCGCUUACACCGUGCAGAACGACAGCCGGCCGGACUACUGCUGCUUCGCCGCCUUCACCGAGAUACGAGCCAUCGUCCAGAAGUCCACCAUGGCCGUGGUGGUGAACCCCUUGCCUAAAACGGACAAUGGCGACAAGCACAGUGUCCCCGCCGUGAGGAAACCCAGCCUCCUGCUGCCCUCUGGUGUUCAGUCGGAGGUAGUGCUGCUCAAGGGGAGCAACCUUGAGUUGGAAUGCAUCCCAGAAGGAUUUCCGACCCCGUCGGUGGAGUGGGUGAAGCUCGGGGAGACGUUGCCCCCGCGGGCGGAGAUCCUGAACUUUGGGAAGCUGUUGAACAUCUCUCGCGGGUCGGAGAAGGACGACGGGAAGUACAUGUGCAAAGCCAAGAACGUCGCCGGAGAACACGUCCACUACUUUGACGUUGUGUUUGAAGAGGCUCCAAAAUGGCUGCCGGGGCCGCCCGAAGGCCAGCUGGUCGUGACCGGAUCUGACGUGCACAUAAAGUGCUCGGUCGGGGGAAAACCGCGGCCGAACAUCGUGUGGAGGAGGAACGGUCAGCUCCUGGAGGGUGAGGCCCUGUCGGACCGGCUCCAGGUCAUGGACGACUUGCUGCUGCUGCUGGAGGCCGGGCCCGAGGACGGCGCCGUGUACCAGUGUGAGGCGUCAAACCGCCACGGCCGCCUGCUGGCUAACGCCAACGUCAUGGUGCUGGACAUGGCCCCCAGGACCCUGACCCAGGGCUACAAGGUGUACGAGGUCAUCGAAGGACACAACGCCACCUUGGGCUGCAGGGUGUUUGGCUCGCCGCUGCCCACCAUCUCCUGGGAGAAGGAGGAGGAGGAGGAGGCCCCCGGUGCGGGGGCCCGGCGCUCCACCCUGCCCGACGGCUCGCUGCGGCUCAGCGGCGCAGAAAAGGAGGACGCCGGGGAGUAUCUGUGCUUAGCCGUCAACACCGAGGGGAAGGCUGACCUCACCGCCGUGCUGGCUGUGAGAGACCCCACCCGGAUCGUGGACCGCCCCCGGGACCAGCAGGUGGUCCUCGGGUCCCCCGCCCGGUUCACCUGCCGGGCCGAGUGCGACCAGAGCCUGGCCCACAGCUUCAACGUGGGCUGGGUGAAGGACGGCUGGCUGGAGAUCAACCCUGAAGACCCCAGGUACCAGGUGGACGACGACGGCGUGCUGCUGAUACCCAGCGUGAACGCCAGCGACCAGGGGCUGUACACGUGCACCGCCCGCACCCACAUGGACCGGGUGGCGGCCUGGGCACUGCUCACUGUGCUGGGUAAGAGCCCCCCGCGCACGCUGGCCCGGUUCACGUACCGGGUAAUGGACACAACGCCGGUCAUCAUCGGGAAAACAAGCUUACUUUUGAUCAUGACCGGCGCCGUUCUAUACAUUAUUACACGGCUACUUGCCAAAAUGAAAAGAAAAUCUUCACACGGUGUGUCUUUGAUCUCGGUGUUGGACAACGGGAGCCUCCGGAUCUCCAACGUCACCAAGGGCGACGCGGGCCUCUACACGUGCGCCGCCCGGAACCAGUUCGGAGUGGCGAGCAGCGACGGCAACCUGUUGGUUAAAGAGUCCACAGCCAUCACCAGCCCGGCCGGCCACCUGGACGUGACAGUGGGGGAGAGCAUCAUCCUGCCCUGCCACGUGUCCCACGACGACUCUCUGGAGCUCAAGUUCACCUGGUUCUUCAACGAGCAGCUCAUCCACUUCGGGACCCACGGCGGCUACUUCGAGAAAGUCGGCACCCGAUCUGCCGGGGACAUCAUGAUCCGGAACAUACAGCUGCGGCAUGCUGGGAAAUAUACCUGCGCCGUGCAGACCAAGGUUGACAGCGUGUCCAUCGCCACCGAUGUCGUCGUCAGAGGUCCCCCUGGCCCCCCCGUGGAGCUGCAGGUGAAGGAGGUGACAGAAGCCACGGCGGCCCUGAGCUGGGGGCCCGGCCCGGACCACCACAGCCCCGUGCUGGGCUUCUCCGUCCAGGCCCGCUCCACCUUCUCCCUGGGCUGGCAGGCCGUCACCACAGUUCCCGAGGUGCUGGGCGGCCGGCAGCUGUCGGCCACCGUCACCGACCUCAGCCCCUGGGUGGAGUACGAGUUCAGAGUGCUGGCCGCCAACGCCAUCGGCACCGGGGAGCCCAGCCAGCCCUCCAGGAAGGUCCGCUCCAAGGAGACGGCCCCCAGGAUCACUCCAGCCCGGGUGAACGGAGGUGGAGGAGGGCGUUCAGAGCUGGUCAUCACAUGGGAGCCCGUCUCCGAGGAGUUCCAGAGCGGACCGGGCUUCGGCUACGUGGUGGCCUUCCGGCCGCUGGGGGCCCAGGGUUGGAUGCAGGCCGCCGUCACCUCCCCAGACGCCGCCAAAUAUAUCUUCAAGAAUGAGAGCAUCCCUCCCUUCUCGGCCUACCAGGUCAAAGUGGGCGUGUACAACAACAAGGGAGAGGGUCCCUUCGGGCCGGUGACCACCAUCCACUCUGCGGAGGAAGAGCCCAGCCGUUCCCCCGGCCGCGUCAGAGCGCGCAGCGUCUCGGCCAGCGAGGUGGAGGUCUCCUGGAAGGCGCUGUCCUGGAGCAACAGCCGCCGACGCAUCCUGGGCUACGAGCUGCGGUACCGGGAGGAGAAGGAGCAGCCGGGCGCGGCCCGGGUGGUCCGCACGACGGGGAACCGGACGUCGGUGCUGAUCAGCCACCUGGAGGGCAGCAGCACCUACCUGCUCUCUCUGAGGGCCUACAACAGCGCCGGCUUCGGGCCCCCCAGCGCCGUCGUCAACGUCACCACCAAGAAGCCCCCCCCUAGCCAGGCUCCAGUGAAGAUCAUGUGGAACACGUCCAACUCCAAGGUGCUCCUCCGGUGGGACCAAGUCCACGCCUUGGAGAACGAAUCAGAGGUGACCGGCUACAAGGUGACGUACAGCCAGGACAGGCUGGGGGGCCGGCCCAGCGUGGUGGAGACCAACAGCACGUCCCUGGAGCUGUCGCUGCCCGUCAACCAGGACUACGUGAUCCAGAUCCAACCCUUCAGUGAGGGAGGCCACGGCAGCAGCAGCCAGGAGAUCACCAUCCCACGGAUCAAAGGUCCCAUCGCCAUGGGAACGGCCUGUCUGCCCUCCGCAUCGCCCCUGGUUACCGUCUCCGGCCUCCUCCUCCUCCUCCUCCUCACAGCCAGGACAGCGCUAUGA